GGUGAAGAAGUUGAGGGAGACGCUGGUUGCAGUGCAGCAGCUGGAUAAGAACAUGUGCAGUCUGCGCUCCUGGCUCGCCCACAUCGAGACAGAGCUGUCCAGACCCCUCGUCUACGACACUUGUGACGCGCAGGAGAUACAGAGGAAACUCAACCAGCAGCAGGUAGGAGGAACACACACACUCGCUCUGUUUGUCUGGGAAAGAGACAGACAGACAGGCAAGGCUAGCUACACGAUCAGAUCAUGUGGGUUGAUUUAUUUCCUAAAGUACGUGGUAAACAUCUGAACAACUGGUGAUGAUGCAACAGGGUAGAAAGUCAUCGCCCAAGUGAUGCCUUUAUGUUAUUUCAAGAGUGUUUUUUUUCUGUUCUAUCUGUUCCUGUCCUCACCCCUCCAAUUCUACCCACUCUUCAUCCUUUGACCUUUCUCCACCCAUCCUCAUCUUCUCUCUCUUCCUCCCCCUUUCUCCACCCCCAGGACAUUCAGCGGGACAUAGAGAAGCACAGUACAGGCGUGGCGUCUGUGUUGAACCUGUGUGAGGUGCUGCUGCAUGACUGUGACGCCUGUUCUACGGAGACAGAGUGUGACUCCAUCCAGCAGGCCACCAGGGGCCUGGACCGACGCUGGAGGAACAUCUGUGCCAUGUCCAUGGAAAGGAGGCUCAAGUGGGUCCUAUACACAUACAGUACAGUGCACGCACGCACGCACGCGCACACACACACACACACACACACACACACACACAUAUAUAUAUAUAUAUAUAUAUAUAUAUAUAUAUAUAUAUAUAUAUAUACAUACACACACACACACACACUGUGCAUAUGUAUAAGAACUCUAUGUUCUACUCUUGCAAACCUCCAGUGUGUCUAUGGUUGCAAAGCUACCGGUAAUUUACCAAAGUUACCAGAAUCUUCUGUAAUUUUGGUAAUUAACAGGUAAUCUAUGGCAAUCUAUGGUAAUUUUUGUAAUUUAUACAUAUAAUCUGAAGUACCCACAGAUGUCAUCUAAUAACAUUCCAUAUAUUCCUUGAAAGUUACCAAAAGUCUGGUAGUUUACUGGUAAACUUAAAAAAGUUUCCAAUAGUAUACCCUCCCCUUGCAACCCCAAGUUUGUCUCAUACCUCACUCUCUCGUCUUCUUGUAGGAUUGAGGAGACGUGGAGGCUGUGGCAGAAGUUUCUAGAUGACUUCUCUCGGUUUGAGGAGUGGCUGAAGACCUCAGAGAGGACGGCAGCUCUUCCCAACUCCUCUGGAGUUCUAUACACCAUCGCCAAGGAGGAGCUCAAGAAGUUUGAGGUACAGAUUAGAGAGCGGUUGUGGUCAGAGAAAUAGGGAGGAAAGGAGGGGAAGAUUUUAAAGAGUCGUAAAGACAGGGUAGGAAGAGAGACAGAGUGAUAAAGUAAGAAUGAGAGAGAGUGUGUGUACAGUGCAAAGUGAGGGGGGUAGGGGGCAUAUGGGAUAAAGAGAGAGCAGAGUAAGUGAGAGAGUGCAGAGUAAGAGAAGGGGGGAGAUCAGAUUACUGGAACCUGUCUUUGCUGGUCAGCACAUUAUUCCUACAGUAGCUGGCCAGGGCCAAUGGGGUCAUGUGCCAGGGUCAUCCCAGGAUUCAAAACAGAUCGAGACCUGUCCUUUCAAGGACAGUCUCGCAAAAAUAAGCAUUCUUGCGUUCUAACUACACGCUAUUCAAAGUGCUCUGAACAAAUUAAGGGAAUCGUUCACAAACAUUGGCACAUUCUAAAAUCCGAUGACGGUAUUGGUAAUGUGUUUUCAGACCCUCCCUUGGUUGUAUUCUCGCAGGGCAGAAAUCUCAGAGAUCAAUUGGUAAACUCUGAUUUACCACCCCUAAAUAUCCCUGCACAACGUCUAUUUGCGCCUCUACCGGAUGGAAACUACAAGUGUAACGGCUGCGCUCAAUGCAAUGGCACUUACAAAUGUAGAUCCUUCAAACAACCCCAAACAGGGAAACAGAUCCCAAUCAAAGGUGUUAUUACGUGUUCUACUAAGGCAGUUAUUUAUCUUAUAACUUGUCCUUGUGGUAAAAAUUAUGUGGGUAAAACAAAGCGCGAAUUAAAAGUACGAAUCUCGGAGCGUCGUAGCACCAUUAGGUGCAAAAACUCGACAUACCCAGUCGCUGCCCACUUUUUGGAAGCGAACCACUCGAUUUCUUCCCUACGUUAUAUCGGCAUCGAACAGGUCACUCUCCCUAGGAGAGGGGGUGACCUCGACAACUUAUUGUUAAAACGAGAGGCUGCCUGGAUCUUUAAUUUAAAGACCCUUGCUCCCUUCGGUCUCAACGUAGACUUUGAUUUGAAGCCAUUCUUGUGAUUUUGCUAUUCAUUGUAAAUGUUGUGGGCCUAUGUAGCCAAGUAUCUAUGAUCAUAUGCUAUCCAUGUUUUUUGUAUGUUGUAUUUAUCUGUGAAUUGGCCAAUGCUAUUACAGACACCUGCGUGUGUCCUUUGACACUAUAUAAACUAGUGACAUUAUACCCUGAUGAAGACAGCUUGUCUGUCGAAACGUUGGUUAUUAGGAUAUUAAAUGAUUGCAUCUGAGCUCCCAGAGUGUGCGGCUUUCCUUUUCUUUUUCAAGUGUUUUACGCCGUCAGCCAGCACCUCGCCUAAAUAGGUGUGCGUUUCUUUCGCCUUUACCUCAUCCCAGGAUACCACACGCUUACUUGAAACCAUUGUUUGGUCAAAAUAAUCAACCAAAUACACGUAUUGAGACCACCACCCUUACAUUUACUUUGUAUUUUAUUGUGUAUGUGUACAGUAUUUGUAUAAAAUCCUCAUUCUGAUUGUGUCUGACCCAGGCCUUCCAGAGGCAGGUCCAGGAGUGUCUGACCCAGCUGGAGCUGAUCAAUAAGCAGUACCGCCGACUGGCCAGAGAGAACCGCACAGACUCCUCCUGCCGCCUCAGAGAAAUGGUGCAUGACGGGAACCGGCGCUGGGACAACCUGCAGAAGAGGGUGGCCUCCAUCCUGCGCAGGCUCAAGGUAUGCUGGGAAAUGUGAUGUUGUCAUAUGUUAUGAAACAUGGUGAUUAUAUAGCAGAGCCUGGCCAGGUCAAGAUUUAUCACACCAUUAUUUUGUGAAUAUAAAAAAGUAGAAACUCACAAAUACUCCUUGCUUAGUUUCACUCUGAUCAGGGUCAGAACAUUGUUGUCUCCAUAACCAAUAAAGACUAUAAGGUGUGUAACUAAACACAGUUUUAAUCAAGUUAUUAAAAAGCCCUAUAACACUGUUUUAAUGUAGUUAAUAAACAGCCCUAUAACACUGGUUUAAUCUAGUUAUUAAACAGCCCUAUAACACUGUUUUAGUCUAGUUAUUAAACAGCCUAUAACACUGUUUUUAGAUCUAGUUAUUAAACAGCCCUAUAACACUGUUUUAAUCAGUUAUUAAACAGCCUAUAACACGUUUUAAUCUAUUAUUAAACAGCCUAUAACACUGUUUUAAUCUAGUUAUUAAACAGCCCUAUGACACGUUAAGUUUUAACACCUCUCAUCUGUUUUCUGUUUACGCUCCACUGAACAAUUUGGUAGAGGCUAGUUAUUAGAAGACCUAUAGACACUUUAUCCUAGUUAGCACCUAUACAAUGUUUAAUCUAGUUAUUACACAGACAUAAACACUUUUUAAUCAGUGUACGUAAACAGGCCUAGAUAACAUGUUAAGUAGAAACCAUGGAGGUGAUGGGGGAGUUUUAGGAUCUAGGUGUUCAUAAUACAUGCUAGUACACGUUGUUAACAAUCUAUGGUAUGUCAAACACCUGGAUAACCAUAACCAUGUUUGUAUGUAGUUGAAUACCAGCCCUUACCACUGUUCAAUCCGUCAUAACCACAACCUGUUCUCUAAUCUAUUAAUAAGUCGCCACCAAACCCCUGUUUGUAGAUACUAGUUUACCCCUAUACUGCGUUUUAUCUACGUUUUAACAGACCAUCGUGUGUUGAAUUUAAUCUAGUAUUAAACACCCUAUAACAUGUUUUAAUCUAGUUAUUAAACGACCUAUAACACUGUUUAAUCUAGUUAUUAAACAGCCCUAUAACAAUGUUUUAAUCUAUUAUUAGAGACUAUAACACUGUUUAAUCUAGUUAUUAACCGCCCUAUGACACUGUUUAACUAGAUAAAGCCCUAGAAGUUUUUAAUCUAGUAUUACAGCCCUAACACUGUUUAAUCUAGUUAUUAAACCCCCUAUAACACUGUUAAUCUAGUAUAAACAGCCUUAACCACUGUUUUAAUCGUUUAACAGCCCUAUAACCUGUGUGUGUAUCAGGUAUUAACACCCUUAACACUGGUUUAAUCUAUAUUAAACAGGCCCUAAUACACUGGUUUUAAUCUAGGUUAUUAAAAGCCCUAUACACUGUUUUAAUCUAGUAUUAAACAGAGCCCUAUAACAUGUUUAAUCUAGGUUAUUAACAGCCCUAUACACUGUUAAUACAAGUUAGUAAACGCCCUAGACACUGUUUUAAUGUCUUGUUCAGAAAACAGCACCUACACACUGUUUUAAUCUAGUUAUUAACAGCCCUAUAACACUGUUUUAUCUGUUAUUAACAGCCCAUAACUGUUUUGCAACUAUUAUAAACAGCUAUAACCAUGUUUUAAUCUAGUUAUUAAAAAACUCACACACUAUAACACUGUUUAGAUCUAGUUAUUAAACAGCCCUAUAACACUGGUUAAUCUGUUAUAAACAGCCCUAUAACACUGUUUUAAUCAGUUAUUAAACAGCCCUUAACACUGGGUUUUAAUCUAGUUAUUAACAGCCCUAUAACACUGUUUAAUCUAGUUAUUAAACGCCCUAUAACCUGUUUUAAUCUAGUUAUUAAACAGCCAUAACACUGUUUUAAUCUAGUUAUUUAAAAAGCCCUAUAACCUGUUUUAAUCUAGUUAUUAAACAGCCCUAUAACACUGUUUUAAUCUAGUUAUUAAACCCGCCUAUAACACUGUUUUAAAUCUAGUUAUUAAACAGCCCUAUAACACUGUUUUAAAACUAGUUUUAAACAGCCCCAAACACUGUUUUAAUCUAGUUAUUAAACAGCCCUAUAACACUGUUUUUAAUCUAGUUAUUAAACAGCCCUAUAACACUGUUUUAAUCUAGUUAUUUAAAAAGCCCUAUAACAUGUUUUAAUCUAGGUUAUUAAACAGCCCUAUCACUGUUUUAAUCUAGUUAUUAAACAGCCCUAUAACACUGUUUUAAUCUAGUUAUUAAACAGCCCUAUAACACUGUUUUAAUCUAGUUAUUAAACAGCCCUAUAACACUGUUUUAAUCUAGUUAUUAAACAGCCCUAUAACACUGUUUUAAUCUAGUUAUUAAACAGCCUAUAACAACGUUUCCCUUCUGUUUGUUUUUCUCUCAGCCUUUAUUGGUUUAAAGGAGGAGUUUGAACAGCUAGAGACAGCAUCCUGUUUUGCUCACUGAGAUGGACCCACAGCUCCAACAUAGAAAAACUCCUCAGGUGUGACUCCAGGCCAGAUCAAAAAGCUAAGGGGAAGAACCAUGGAGGUGCUAGGGAGGAGGCUCAUAAUAAUGGUAGGAACGGAAAAAAAUGGAAUGGCAUCAACACUUGAAACCCAUGAACCAUGUGUUUGUGUGUUUGAUACCCUUCCACUUUAUUCCAUCCAGUCAACCAAAAAACCCGUUCUCCCAAUUUAAAGGUGCCACCAACCUCGUGGUAAAAAACAGUGGUCCCGUGUGUGCGUGUUUACGUGCGUCCCGUGCGUGCGCGCAUGUGUGUGUGAAUUUGAAUGCUAUAUUUUAAAUGCUUUUGAGUUUGAAUGAACUCUCUAUGACGGCUUGGCAAUUUAACUAUCUGACUUAGUAUCAUCCUGUGCUGUAUGUAACUAGUAUCCUCCCUUGACUGAUUUAACUAGCAUCACAAAUAGAGAUAACAGCAUUUCCCCUAACAUUACUUGAUUGCAGUGCCCCGCCUUGGAAACACAUACUGAAACAUCUAACCCCUGACCUUUCCCCUCUCUCUGUGUGUGUUCAGGCGUUCCAGCAGGAGAUCUCUCUGAACACAGGGCAAAUUGAGCUGGUGUUCAGGCAGGGGGAGGCUCUGAUAGAGAAGAGUGAGCCUCUGGAUGGUGCUGUUCUAGAGGAGGAACUGGAGGAGCUGCAGAGGUACUGGCAGGAGGUGUUUGGACGUGUCGACAGAUACUACAAGAAGCUCACACGCCUGCCUGUGAGUAAUGUCUUCUGUGUACAGAACACACACACACACACAAUACAAGAAGCUCACGCAUCUGCCUGUGACGUAAGCGAUAUGGGCCAUUUGCCAAUAUGAUAUAACUGUCAUAACCUCGUACUCACACCUAGCACAUGCCAUACAAACACACACACUCACUCCCCCUCUCCCUUCCUUCAGCUUGCCGAUGAUGAACUAGACUGCUCUGACCGAGAACUGGACAUGGACGAGUCGGCUGAUCUCUCUGACCUGCAGUGGGGUGACUCCUCUCUUCCCUGCCCCUCCAGUCGCCCCACCUCGGGCUCUGUCCUCCCCCCACGGGCGGACCGCUCGGGCCGGGACACCCCAGCCAGCAUGGACUCUAUCCCCCUGGAGUGGGACCACGACUACGACCUGAGCCGGGGGCUGGGGUCAGACAGGGGCAGAGGACAGGAGGAGGAGUACCUCAGGACGGCUGCCACUGUGUUGUCAGGUUAGUAUAAUACUACUACAGACUGCUGCUGUAUUUUAUUGAUAAGUAUUUAAUUGAUCCCCAAGGGGAAUUCACUGUUAUACAAACUCACAGACACAACACAAAUAAUAACAAGGAUACACUGCAAGAAGUUCUCCCCUCAAAAUGAUAGUUUACUUAGGGUAUUUAUAGCAUUUAAAAAGCCCAUUAAUCUACACCAGCAUUAAAUAGAUUACCAGUACUCAAAAAUGUGAAAAUGAAUAAAAGUAAUAGGACGAUAAAAUGCAUACACUUAAACCUAUACACUCCAUACUUGUCCAAUGACCCUUGUUCUAAUUGUGAGGACUGUGCAUCUCUCUCUUUGCAGAUGUAGUUAUACCAGAAAGCCCAGAGGCCUAUAUAAAACUGACAGAGAGCACAUUGAGAUCCUCCUCUGGUAGGCAACUAGCCACACUAGCAUGCUAACGUGCUUAAGCACAAAUACCAUAUAAUUUACCAUAACAUGCUAAUGUGCUUAAGCACAAAUACCAUAUAAUUUACCAUAGCAUGCUAACAAAGUAUGAUGAGCGAACAUGGCAUGCAUAAGUCCUAAGGCACAUUUAUCAUCGCAUGUCAAUAACAUAUCACAAAAUUAUACUAACAUGCCCGUUCAACUGCGGUAGAUUAACAUAGCAUGCAUCAUUCACCAUUGUUGCAUGCACCAUCAUCAUUCAAGUGAAAUAAGCAUGUACACAGUAUACCAUACCAUAUAAGAAUGUAUACACCAUAGCAUGCUAAAGCACUUUUACAUUCACCUUUGUUGGUAUCACUCCACGCAAGUGAUCACAUAAACCACGUCAUUUUCCUUCUUUGUGUGCAGUUUUUCAACAAAGGAAUUGCACUGACUAACAUUUAAUAUUGCUAUUUUUUUUGCAUUAUGAGUAUGUUGUCCAGGUGGACGUGUUUGCUGGUAUCCACCACUACUGUGUCAAAAUGAAAUUGUAGACUGGGCCAAAAGAAAAGAGAAUUCUCUCUCCUCAUUGGCUGACCCCCCUCCUGACUCCACAGGUGAGCCAGGUCAGCUGGAGGCCCACCUAAGACAGUUGGGAGAGGCCGCUACCUGCAGUGGCCAGGCCAGCACCAGCCCUGAGCUGGACUCAACCUACAUGGGCUAUGUGAGUGCUUUCUCUCCUAGAGAAUCUCCUAGUAAUAGUAUGGCUAAAACUGUCAUAAAAAUACAGAAAAACCCUAAUGUCAUCUGUCAUAGCAUGAUAACAGACUAUGUUGUCUGUCUGUAGAUGCGUCUGAUGGGAGAGUGUCGGGGCAGUAUAGAUGCAGUGAAGAGGGCUGGAGGGGAGCUGACUGAGGAGGAUGAUGACAUGCCAGGACUCAACAACCCCACCAGCACAGACAGCCAGAGUGCAGGUUGCUGACACACACGCACACACACACACUCGCUUAUUAUAAUCAAUAAUGAGUGAUGAGUCAACAAACUGUUACUUCUCUCCCCCAGGUGUGAUUGAGCGCUGGGAGCUGAUCCAGGCUCAGUCACUGAGUGACAAACACAGACAGAAGCAGAACCUACAGCAGUGGCACCAGCUGAUCUCAGACCUGCAGACCAUGAGGGCGUGGCUGGGCCAGGCAGAGGCAGAGCUGGGACAGCUACGGGAGCUGGACCUCAGCACAGACAUACACACCAUCCAACAGAGGAUCAGGAAGCUCAAGGUGUGUGUGCGUGUGCAUGUGUGUGUGUGCAUCUUAGGUAUACCAUUUUCAUGUGUGUGCCACAUGAUACCCAUGAUCUCUAUGAUUUUCCAUGCCCAUGUGCAGUGUAAUCACGAGCCUGCUGGUCUAGUGCCCAGGCAGAGACCUAUACAGUACACACACUACCCAUCUGCUGUAGUCUGUAACACAUCAGACCAUCUGCUGUAGUCUGUAACACAUCAGACCAUCUGCUGUAGUCUCUAACACAUCAGACCAUCUGCUGUAGUCUUUAACACAUCAGACCAUCUGCUGUAGUCUGUAACACAUCAGACCAUCUGCUGUAGUCUUUAACACAUCAGGCCAUCUGCUGUAGUCUGUAACACAUCAGAACGCCCAUCUGCUGUAGUCUGUAACAUAUCAGACCAUCUGCUGUAGUCUCUAACACAUCAGACCAUCUGCUGUAGUCUCUAACACAUCAGACCAUCUGCUGUAGUCUGUAACACAUCAGACCGCCCAUCUGCUGUAGUCUGUAACACAUCAGACCGCCCAUCUGCUGUAGUCUGUAACACAUCAGACUGCCCAUCUGCUGUAGUCUGUAACACAUCAGACCGCCCAUCUGCUGUAGUCUGUAACACAUCAGACCGCCCAUCUGCUGUAGUCUGUAACACAUCAGACUGCCCAUCUGCUGUAGUCUGUAACACAUCAGACAGGGACGUCAACAGACUAUAAAUACCCAGGCAGGUCUGAACCCUGGUGGGGUUCACUAACCUACAUCUAGCCUACUGACACCUACUGCUACUGCUCCUGAACUAGCUCUGCUCUGUCAUCACCAAGCCUAUUUAUAACCACUGUAAACCAGUACUGGGUGGUAUGGGUCAGUCUACCUACAGGACUUCCCCCUUAAAACACCAUUAUGCUGAUAGUGUUACACAUACUGUAUAUGCACGUGGCAUACAUUCCCAUACCGUCCAACACGUAACAUAACAUAUAACACAAAUGCUUACAAACAAACAACCAAACAAACAUACACAUAGUCACUAAUUUAUCCUCUCCCCUCUUCCAGGAGCUGCAGAAGGCCAUGGACGGCCACAAGUCCCAGGUCCUGUCAAUCAACCUGAGCAGCGCUGACUUCCACCAAUCAGAGCCCGACUCAGAGGAGGCGUGGGAGCUGAGGGACGGGCUGAAGGAGAUGAACUCACGCUGGGAUUGGCUGGGCUCAUCGCUGGAGGACUGGAGGGCGGAGCUACAGAGGGCCCUGAUGCAGUGUCAGGUACAACAAACACUUACAUGUAAACGUACACAGUACACAUUGUGGACAUUCAUCCAAUAAAAUGAACCUGUGUUAUUCUGUCUGAACGUGCCCCACACGCAAUAUGUGUUUGUGACAUGUUACAGAUAAACAUAACAACAUCUGUCAUUUCAACCCCUCUCUCUCUCUCUCUCUCGCUCUCUCUCUCUCUCUCUCUCUCUCUCUCUCUCUCUCUCUCUCUCUCUCUCUCCUCUCUCUCUCUCUCUCUCUCUCUCUCUCUCUCACUCUCUCUCUCUCUAUAUAUAUAUAUAUAUAUAUAUAUAUAUAUAUAUAUAGGAGUUCCAUGAGCUGAGCCACGGUCUGCUGUUGUGGUUGGAGAACAUCGACCGCAGGAGGAAUGAGGUUGUCCCCAUCCCCCCCAGGCUCGACCAUGAAACACUACGGGCUCACCACAGAACACUCACGGUACUUUCCACUUCAAUACACACAAAUUGUAGGCAACACUCCAAAUCUGUUUAUCCUCUCAAAAUACCAAUAUCCUAAAGGGUUGUAGCCUAGCCCAAAUAAAUUAUAUUAACAACUACCCCUCUAACCUCCUGCCCCAUUUGCCUCCAGCAAAUUAAGCGUGAGCUGCUGGACUCCCAGCAGAAGGCUUCCUCCCUCCAAGAGCUCUCAGCCCAGCUGCUGGUCCACACCCAGGCCACAACCCAAAUCCAGGUUUCAGAGCAGGCCCAGAACCAGGCCCAUGGUAGUGAGCGUCUGGAGGCCCAGGAGAAGGUGCAUGUGAUCGGGAACAGGCUGCGGCUGCUCCUUCGGGAGGUCAGCGCUGACCUGGAGGGCCUGGAGAAGAGACUGGAGACCAUGGACACACAACAGGUCAGAGAAGAAUACACAUAAGACCUACAGCCAUAUCACAUACAUUUAUAGUGUGGGCUUUUUAGUGCAACGAUUAUGACAAUCACUUGAGGAUCUCCAGGUAACUAGUUAGUAGCAGGUAAUGAAAUAGUGAAAUGCACCCUGUGUGUCCGGAUGAGCAACUAGAGAAAAAUAAAGACCAUUCGUCAGACUGACCAUCUGUCUUUGUCCACAAUAUUUGUAGGACUCGCUGCCUUUGUCUCCUGUGGACAAAUCUGACAUCUCUGGAUCCACCAGCCCCGUCUCAGAGGGGACCUCGACGAGUCGCCGGCGAUCGGUAAUGUCUCUUUUUGUACCUAUCUAGGAUGUAUCACUUCAUAGAGUCCUUUUUACUGGGGGCUGUUAUGUGUAUAGAAAGUAAUUGGUGUGGGUUAUACUGGUUAGAGAAAUAGCAAGUCACCCUGACCGAUUUAUAGAGUGAGCUCCCAAAUGUUAUUCUUAACCCAAAAUGUCACCCCCUUUCCCUCUCCCAAUGCAUGCUGACCCCACAGAACAACUCUCUAUCCCAGCUUCUACCCCGCAGCCACCCACCAGCCCUUUCUGUUUUCAUUCAGUUAAUUAAGGCAAUUCAUUGACGUUGCGUUUUACCCUUUGUUUGUAGAUUGCUUUAUAGCUGCCCUGCUAACAUGAAGCUACACCACUUAGGAAUAUGUUGCCCCACAAGCUGUUGUUCUUUGAGAUGGUUUUUGCUACCUUCACCAUGUAGCGUAACCAAAAAUGCACAAGAAACACUGACUUUUCACUAUCUGCUGCUUUUUAGAGGAGAAUUGUAGUGUCCGCAAGUAGCGUAAUUGCAACUAAUUAUAAACGUCAAUGCUUCUAGUCAUUACAGGCCACUGUAACACCACUAUAACAUCAUCAUCAUUUAUUAAUAAAAUCCUGAAGCAUUACUAAUCAUUGGCAACAAAUAAACAUUUUAAAUGAACAGGAUAUUGUCUAGCCACCUAUAGAUGCCAAUAUACAGUAUGUUUGAUGAACAAUAUUAAUUAUUGUAAUUCCUAAGAAAUCCAAUGUGAAAAGCCAGAUUUCUUGAUACUCCUAUCACCGUGAUGUUCUAUUGAUGUUACUGCUCUUUCUGUUAUUUGUUGGUUGAUUUUUUUUCUCUCAUCUGAAGCUUGGUGUUUAUUUGCUCCGGACUGAAGCAUUCUUUCUUUCUUUUACCCCCAUCCUGCUCAUUGCGUGGUACAGCCCCGGGGCAAAAGUAGUCAUGCCCACCCAGGACCCCCCGAGAGCGGCCCACAUCACAGGUACCUCUCUCCUGGACUCUAGAACCAUGGGAGGAUGAUGGAACCAUGACUGCAUACCUUUUACCUGUACAAAUUAUUAACCAAUCAGUCAAUCAGUCAAAUAAAUUAUACUCUAUGCCCCUAGUAACUGGUCCAUUACCUUUUAGUUGACAUACUCAUAAUAACACGGUUAGGAAACUGGAUAGGAAACCGAACCUAAACCAGUUCCUUAAGGCAGAAGUUGUGAUAGGUCCUCUUCUGCCUCUCUCAUCUGUUGAGAAAUGAUGCGUCCUCUUUACCCCUCCAAACUUCCCAUAUGAGUUCCAUGAUCUUCCUUCCUUCUAGAAGCGACGUAACCAAGCCAGCUGUUAAAAGAGUCUGGAAUCACCUAGUUCAGGGGAUUCCUUUCUUCCUUUAUUAAAUGAAAGUGGAAUGUUUUCUGUUCUUUCAUUGCUCUCUGCUGCUGUGCUGUGCUGUCUGAAUGAUGCUGCCAAGCGCUUGUCUGUCAUCUUUUUACUGCUCACCUAUCUGACACCACUAAUCCCUGCAGUUAUUUCUCACCCACUAGAUGGCAUUAUCCGAAUAUACAGUAUCUGUUUUGUCCCCCUCUUCCUUGCUGACUCACUUUGCCUUCUUAGUCACUUGCCCUCCCUCUAUUCCUCUCUUUCUCUUAAUAUCAAACUAGCUAUCUCCUGUAAUGAAAUGUCUCAAUCUCUUCUUGCUUUCUCUCUCUCCUUUAUCCCCCUCUCAGCCCCUCACUAAUAACCCACCUCUGUCCUGCUCUCUUUCUUCUUUUGAGUCUUCACUCCGUGCUUUCUAUUAAAUGUAUCCUAAUAAUGGCAUGUAGGCCAGGUUGAAGCCUGGCCCUAAAUUAGCUCAGGGAUGAGUGGUCGAGAAAAGGUAAUGAGGCUCUGUUGGGGCUGAUGGGCUCCAUUGUAUGAACAGGCCUGGGCUCUGCUAGCUCCCUCUUACUCACUAAUUGGCUUCGGAAAUUGAAAUCUAGCAUAUGAGGUUGCCAUGGAGAUCAGGGGGUUCUUUGCGGCCCCAAACUGUGGAUCUCCUGAGUAACGCCUGCUGAGGUAGAACACACACAUGCGCACAUCACAAUGCUCUCACCAUUCAUUUCAACUAUUUAACGAGAGAUAGAGACAUGUGUGGAAGGCUAGGGAGUGAAGGUGUGGAGUGGCUGCAGACAGACAGACUGCUAACAGCUUCCUCCCCCAGACCACCAGGCAGCCCUGUGAGGAUGAGGCCAGGUGGAGGAACACAGCGUUCCUCUCUCCUCUUGGCUCCCUCUCUGGGAGUCUCUGGAGGGGUCUCUGGCACAGCGGUCUCUGCUCGGAAUGAGACGUGGCAUUGAACUCUCAUACAGUCGGCUGUAAGGCCAGGGUUUCUCUCUCAGUGAGAAAAACAAGACUCAGACAGCUAGGAGGGAUUUUACUUCAGGUUCCCUGUGUAUAGGAGAGAUGUCAGGAUUAUGUGUGUAGAAAUUGCUGCUUUGGUUUGUGCGUGAGUGUGUGUAACCUUUUCUCUGUAGUGUUUGAGUAACCUUGUGUGUGUGUGUGAUUGGUGUGUUUACUCUGGUGUGUUGUUUGUUACGAUAUUAACCCUUUUCACGGUAUCUUACCUCUAUAAUCUUUACUAAUGUGUGCGUGUGUAUGUGUGUUCCUGUCUAAAACCCUGUCCUGUGCUAUUUCUGGUGUGUCUAAUGCCGUUCUCUCUCUCCCUGCAGUCUGACCAGCUCUCUGAGCGGAAGUGGCUGCGCUUCCUCCCGUUCUGACUCCCCCCUGGUCCUCUCUUCCUCGUCCUCCUCCUCGUGCCCCCCAAGGGGCCAGUCCUUCAUCCUGAGGGUCCUGAGGGCAGCUCUGCCCCUCCAGCUCCUCCUCCUUCUCCUGAUUGGCUUAGCCUGCCUGGUGCCCAUGACAGAGGAGGACUACAGCUGUCACCAUGCCAACAAUUUUGCCCGCUCCUUCCACCCCAUGCUGCGCUACACCAACGGACCCCCACCCAUA